AAAUAUGGAUCUGGGGAAGCAAAUAUCCGGGGUCGUGUUUCUUGCACCCUAACAACAUCUUCGGCUUGCGAUAAGAUGGCAGCUAUCGGGCCAGAUCCACCGGCUGAGGAGUUCAAUCAUAUAGCAGAGGAGGAUUUCAGGCCGACCAAACAAGAAGUAUCUGCGACUUUUGAUGUGACGCGAGUUGUGUCCAUCGAGCCGCCUCCCAAUGGCGGAUGGGUCGCAUGGUCGCAAGUGCUAGGUGGGCACAUCAUCACCUUCUUUACCUGGGGCUUCAUCACAUCGUUUGGCAUGUUCCAGGCACACUACACUUCAAUCGGUCUCUCGACACCCUCCAAUAUCUCAUGGAUCGGCGCACUUACCGUCUUCUUGCUACUAUCCGUCCCUCUCUGGUCGGGCGCCGCAUCGGACACUGGCCAUUUCAAACUUGUCUUACGCAUGGGCAUCGGGUUGUGGCUUGUUGGCAUCUUUAUGACAAGCAUCUGCAAAGAGUAUUGGCAAUUUGUACUUGCGCAGGGGUUUUGCAUUGGGCUUGCAAAUGGCUGUAUGUUUGUCCCUAUGGUCUCCGUUAUCUCGACCUACUUCGAUGCGACGAAGCGAAGUUUUGCGAUCAGUAUCACAUUAUGUGGAUCGGGAACAGGGGGUUUGGUAAUCCCGAUAAUGCUCAACAGGCUCAUCGAUCGCAUCGGAUUUGGAUGGGCGGUAAGGACGUUGGGCUUUAUGGCGCUGGUCAUGCUGUUGAUUGCGGAGCGGCUGCUGAAGAAACGACUCCCGCCAAAAAGCUCGGUGAAGAUGCUCGAACCGAGUGAGCUGAAGGAUCCAGUGUUUGAUCUCUUCAUCCUUGGAUCGGUCUUUUGUUUCGCAGGUCUAUGGUUCGCUUUCUUCUACAUCAAUGCCUUCGCCAGAAGAACCUUGAGCAUGACAUUGGAAGAAUCAAUACCGCUCCUUUUGGUGCUGAACGGCGUCGGCAUACCGGGGCGCUUAUUGCCUGCGUACAUUGCCGAUCACUACUGCCGGCCAUUGACCAUCAGCUUAAUCGUCAGCUUUGUCACCGCUCUUCUUCUCUAUUGCUGGGCUGCGAUCAACUCGACUGCAGGCAUGUAUGCCUUUGCGGCGCUUUACGGCUUGUUUGCUGCGGCCUUGCAAGCCAUGUUUCCUGCAACACUAGCAGAUCUGACCUUGGACAACAAGAAGAUCGGUACCAGAAUGGGCAUGGGUUUUGCGCUGUCUAGUUUCGGAUGUCUCAUUGGAGGUCCUGGUGGAGGAGCAUUGGUCGAGGCUGGCAACGGAUCUUACUUGUAUGGACAAGUGCUUGCUGGUUCGUGCGGCGUAUUGGGCUUCACGUGCUUCUUGACUGCAGCGCUGAUUCACAAGAAGAAAGCAAAGCAGCUCGAUGAUGUGUAG